UCAGCUGGACAACAGCGGCUAUAAAAACAAAAAGAAUGGGUAAAUUAAAAGCUGCACUUGUAUUGUUAGCAAUUUUUAGCCACCAAGCCAACGCCGACUGCGGCUGCAACAAGUUGGAGAGAGAUGCUACUGUUGCCGAAACAGUUGUCGAAGAGCCGGCUCAACAGGUGUGCCAGCAACAGGCGCGCAAUAAAAACAAACACUAUCGAGAUUACUACCCCGAGGAAACUGAGGAGGAAAUGGAGGGAAUGUCUUUGAUACCAGGUGGAAGUCACCAUGUAGGCACAAAUGAGCCCCAUUUUAAAGCUGAUCAGGAAUCACCAGAGCGUCUGGUUAAGCUAAACGAUUUCUUUUUGGACAAAUACGAAGUGUCUAAUGCAAAUUUUGCUGAAUUCGUCGAAGCCACAAACUAUACAACCGAAGCAGAACGAUUUGGCGAUAGCUUUAUAUUCAAGACAUUGCUAAGGCCAGAGCAGCAAGCAGAGCUGGAAGAUUACCGUGUAGCCAAUGCGGUCUGGUGGUACAAGGUCAGCGGAGUUAACUGGCGUCAUCCCAAUGGCAUAGACAGCAAUUUAGAUGGUCUGGAACAACAUCCGGUUGUGCAUGUUAGCUGGCGCGAUGCAGUUGCUUAUUGCGAUUGGGCAGGCAAGCGCUUGCCCAGCGAAGCGGAGUGGGAGGUUGCCUGUCGUGGCGGCAAGCAGCGGAAGCUGUUUCCCUGGGGCAACAAACUAAUGCCCAAGGACAAGCACUGGCUGAACAUAUGGCAAGGCGAAUUUCCUGAUGGCAAUACCCAGGAGGAUGGAUAUCAAUUCACUUGUCCUGUUGAUCGAUUCCGUCAAAACAAUUACGAUCUCUAUAACAUUGUGGGCAAUGUCUGGGAAUGGACCUCGGAUUUGUGGCAGGCCGGUGACACCGGUCAAAGUCCCAAUCGGGUGAAGAAGGGCGGCUCAUACCUGUGUCAUAAGUCCUAUUGCUACCGCUACCGAUGCGCUGCACGCUCCCAAAACACCGAGGAUAGUUCGGCUGGAAAUUUGGGAUUUCGUUGCGCCAAGAACGCGUAAGGCGCGAAUCUCAAUUAUAAACACAUUCCUCAAUAACUCCUAUAAGUAACUUGACAAGU